AUGGAUAAUAAUUAUGAAGUUGUAACGUAUCUAGAUAAUCUAAAAUUUACCAGCGAUCAAUCUGAAUAUAAUAUUGACAAUAGUCAAGAUACAUGUUACAAAGUUGAUGGCUACGAAGCUGGCUGGUCAUUAAGCAAAAUAGAUUGUGGACAAAUUCCUUCAAACAUAACAGCUUUUUAUCAAACUAAGCUUCAUUCACAUGUAUCAAUUAAUGCCUUAACCAGAAUCCUCGAAAAAGAAGCCGCAACAAUUAAUAAUAAUGACUUCAUAUCAAAAUUUGAUUCUCCAACAAUUGUUGACAUUGGAAUUCAAGUAACAAUAGAUAAUAAUUUUUGUAAUACACUAAAAAAUCUUGUAACUGACGAUUCUAAACAACCACAAACUAUUAAAGCUGACAAUAAUAGAAUUCGGGAAUGUGAAUAUUUUAAAGCACAAGUUGAAAAUUUAUAUAAUGAAUUAAAAAGUCAUGAAUGA